AUGUGUAACUGCCCUGCUGAGAAUAGGGUCAAAUUCGCAGCGGGAGUUCUUGAAGAAGCUGCGCUCUCCAGGUGGAAUGCGCAAGUACAGAUUUUGGGUUUGGAUGUUGCUAAUGCCACUCCUUGGAAUUCAUUCAAGGACAUGAUAAAAGAAGAGUACUGCCACAGGGAUGACAUACAGAAAUUGGAAACUGAGUAUUACAACCUAAAAAUGUCUGGUUCAGAGAUCGAGGUGUAUACAAAGCAGUCUAACGAGCUGGCUUCUUUAUGUCCAAACAUGUCGAAUCCUACCUAUAAACGAAUCGAGUUAUACAUGAAGGGGUUAGUUCCUGAAAUUCAAAGCAUCGUGACUUCAGCAAAUCUUCAAACCAUCCAGCAAAACAUCCGACUUGCUCAUCGACUAACUGAUCAGGCGGUAGAACAGGGCAAGUUACCUAAAUGCAAUGCAUCAAUUUCGACCUCCGUUGACAACAAGCAUAAGUGGGAUGGGAAUCAAGCCAAGGGUUCUAGCUCUAAUCAACCCCCUCAACAACAAAGAAAGUUCGACAACAACCGUACCCCAAAUAGGCAAACGUUGAAUCAUCAAGCCCGAGGUGUCUAUCAGGGAACCAGCCAAAAUGCAACAAAUGUAAUCGACACCAUCAUGGGCAGUGUGACCCAAACCGUUGUCAGCAGUGCUGGAAGCCGGGUCAUGGAGCUAAAGAUUGUAGAAGUCCGUAUCCAGCCAGAUAAGCUCAACAACGGCAGAACCAGCAGCCUCAGCGCCAGCAACAACAGGGGGAACAAUGGUAACAACAAUGGUGAUAAGGGUAACGGCGACAGAGGCCGAGCAUUCGUCAUUGGUUCAGGCGAAGCAAGGAAUGACCCUAAUGUCGUGACGGGUAAGUUCCUUUUGAACGACUCUUUUGUUUCGGUACUUUUUGAUUCUGGCGCAGACCGUAGUUAUGUUUCCACGAACUUUAGUACACUACUUAAGCCUGCCCCAACUCCUCUCGAACGUAAACAUACAGUUGAACUAGCUAACGGCAAAUCUCUCGAAGCAACACGUAUCCAUCGAAACUGUAGUUUGGAGUUAUCUAGACACAAAUUCAAUAUUGACCUCAUCCCUAUCACUCUCGGUAGUUUUGAUGUUGUAGUCGGGAUGGAUUGGCUCUCGCUAAAUCGCGCGAAGAUACUUUGUCAUGAAAAGAUCGUUCGCAUCCGCCUUUCAAACGACAAAACCCUUGAUAUCCGAGCUCUUGUCACUGAUGUUCAAACCGAAGAGAAAAAGGUCGAAGAUAUUCCUAUUGUUCGCGACUUUCCUGAAAUCUUCCCUGAUGAAUUACCUGGUCUUCCACCUCAUCGUCAAGUUAAAUUCCAAAUCGAGCCAACUCCAGGCGCAUCACCCAUAGCUCGAGCACCCAAUCGACUAGCACCGUCCGAACUAGAAGAAUUAUCUACACAACAACAAGAGCUCCUGGAUAAGGGUUUUAUCCGGCCUAGCUCGUCACCAUGGGGAGCCCCCAUACUUUUUGUCAAGAAGAAGGACGGUACUUUUCGUAUGUCCAUAGACUACCACGAGUUAAAUAAAGUGACCUUCAAUGUAUUUCUCAAUGGCCCGAUCCAAAGGUGCGACCAUAGUGGGGCAUAG